AUGAAUGAAAUUCCAUUUUAUAGGACACGCCUGAAGUCCCCGAAGAACAAUUUUCUCUCGAGUCCUCCAUCUCCGAACUCCGAUCUCUCUUUAAUUAACAUGUUGAAUACACAAGAUGUCAUGGAACUGGGACGGAGAAACGACGUCGGAUGGCUUGAUGUGAAAGAUCAGGGUAUAUCAGAGAGAGCAAGAAGUGACGAAGAUCGUCUAAUCAACGGCUUGACAUGGGGCUACGGCUACUUUGAUCAUGAUCAAACAGCGGCAUUCGAUCUCCGUCGCUCGCUCUAUAUACAUCCGGAGGAGGAUGAAUUAGAUGAAUUUUCAAGAGAAGUUCCUUCAGUGACAAGGAAAGGUUCAAAGAGAAGAAAAAGAGACGAGAUGAUGAGUAACAAGAUGCGUACGCUACAGCAACUUGUACCUAAUUGUUACAAGACGGACAAGGUUUCGGUUCUCGAUAAGGCCAUAGAGUAUAUGAAACAUCUUCAACUUCAACUCCAGGUGUUGUCAAUAACGAGAAUGAAUCCUUAUAUUUCUCCGGCGACAUUAAACUUCGGAAUGCACAACCACCUUCUGACGGCAAUGACUUUAUCUCAAUUAGGGACAUCGUCACCGUUAAUUCCGGCGGCAAAUUGGCCGUUAUCACCGUAUACUAAUUUUGCACUUCCACACUCAUAUCAAUCUCUCUUUCUUACAACAGCUUCUUCUCCUCAAUAUCUUUGUGGUUUGGUUCCUGGUUUCCCAAGUUUCCUGGACUUUCCUUCCCAUACGAUGGGAAGACUAUAA